GGUCUCCGGUAGGAGCUGUAGAACGGCUGCGGCAUUCCACCUGACCAAACCGCUGCCGAGGGCAGCGUGACGAGCUGCAGGGAGCAGUUCCACAGCGCCCGGCGCCCCACCAUGGCGAGCAGGGGUUCCGCGGCGUCCAGCCCCUCACGGCGGCGAGCAGAGGUCACCACACAUCCCGGGCCUUCCCGGUGGCGAGCAGAGGUUGUUGAAAAAUGCCCACAGCAUUGCUACCUGCUGAUGAACAGAGAAGGAAUGAAUCAGAGAAUCAAAGAAUGGUGGCUGUCUUGGCUGUCUGAACAGUGUGUGCAUGUUGGAACUGGGAGGCUCACAGUUUCCAAAGCAGCAACAGAAGUAAUCUUAAAUGUCCCUGAAACUAGGGUGAGUCCUUUGGAAAAUGGCUUGCAAGUAGCUUCUGAAGACUCUGGACUCUCAACAUGCACGGUUGGACUUUGGAUUGAUGCUGGAAGCAGAUAUGAAAAUGAGAAGAACAAUGGGACUGCUCACUUUCUUGAGCAUAUGGCUUUCAAGGGAACUAAGAAGAGAUCUCAGUUAGACCUCGAACUGGAGAUAGAGAACAUGGGGGCUCAUCUGAAUGCGUACACAUCCAGGGAGCAAACUGUGUAUUAUGCAAAGGCUUUUUCAAAAGAUUUACCUAGAGCUGUGGAAAUUCUUGCUGACAUCAUUCAGAACAGUACCCUGGGAGAGGCAGAGAUUGAGCGUGAGCGAGGAGUUAUACUUCGAGAGAUGCAAGAGGUUGAAACCAAUUUGCAGGAAGUUGUCUUUGAUUACCUUCAUGCCACAGCCUACCAGAACACAGCCCUAGGACGGACAAUUUUAGGACCCACUGAAAAUAUCAAAUCCAUAAAUCGUAAUGACUUGGUGGAGUACAUAACAACACAUUACAAAGGACCCAGAAUGGUCUUGGCUGCUGCUGGAGGGGUCUCUCAUGAUGAACUGCUUGACCUGGCGAAGUGCCAUUUUGGUAACUUGCCAUCUGCUCCAGAAGGAGGACUGCCACCCCUGCCACCUUGUAGCUUCACAGGUAGUGAGAUUCGGAUAAGGGAUGACAAGAUGCCCCUGGCACACCUGGCCAUUGCCGUGGAAGCAGCCGGCUGGGCAGACCCGGAUACAAUCCCACUCAUGGUAGCCAAUACGCUGAUUGGGAACUGGGAUCGGUCCUUUGGAGGAGGAGUGCAGAAUUUGUCCAGUAAACUUGCUCAGACUGCCUGCCAUGGUAACCUGUGUCACAGUUUCCAGUCGUUCAAUACCUGCUACACUGACACAGGGCUGUGGGGACUCUAUAUGGUCUGUGAGCCCUCCACUAUUGAGGACAUGGUGCAUUUUGUUCAGAGAGAAUGGAUAAGACUUUGCACAAGUGUUACAGAAAAUGAAGUAGCUCGAGCAAAAAAUCUUCUAAAGACAAAUAUGCUGCUACAACUUGAUGGGUCCACACCAAUCUGUGAAGACAUUGGAAGACAAAUGCUGUGUUAUAAGCGCCGAAUCCCAAUCCCAGAACUUGAGGCAAGAAUUGAAGCUAUUGAUGCCCAGACUAUUAGAGAAAUCUGCACGAAGUACAUCUGUGAUAAGCAUCCUGCAGUUGCUGCCGUGGGUCCAAUUGAACAACUUCCAGAGUAUAGCAAAAUCUGCAGUGGUAUGAAUUGACUUCAAGAGUAAUGAAUAACAAGAACUUCCAGCAUAUUU